CAGCUCACAAGACAACUCAAACUCGCAAAUUAUUUCCAUAUCCUCCUAAAACUCCGUGCUGAUCCCCAAUUCUGUGUUCUGAUUCUCUCUCUCUCCCAGACCCAAAACAACAACGCUCAGAAAAACCUCAAUGGGUUUCGAUGGAGACGAGGAAACAGCUCCCCAGAAUCCAAAAUACCUCAAAUCCAAGUUCAGGUACAACUCACCCUUUGUUCAAGUCAGCCUCAUAGGCUUAGUAUGUUUCUGUUGUCCUGGCAUGUUCAACGCUCUGUCAGGCAUGGGUGGUGGUGGCCAAGUCGACCACACAGCCGCAAACAACGCCAACACCGCACUCUACACCACCUUCGCUGUCUUCGGAGUCCUCGGUGGUGGUAUCUACAACAUCCUCGGACCCCAUCUCACCCUUGCCGCAGGUUGCUCCACCUAUAUCCUCUACGCUGGCUCUUUCCUCUAUUACAACCAUCACAAACACCAAGCUUUCGCCAUUGUUGCUGGAGCUCUGUUGGGUGUUGGAGCUGGUCUUUUGUGGGCUGGUCAAGGCGCUAUCAUGACGUCUUACCCUCCUGCUCAUCGUAAAGGGAUUUAUAUCUCACUCUUUUGGAGUAUUUUCAACAUGGGUGGUGUUAUUGGUGGACUCAUUCCUUUUAUCACGAACUAUAAUCGUAGCGAAGCUUCUUCGGUUAAUGAUGGAACUUAUAUUGGUUUCAUGGUGUUUAUGGCAGCUGGGACUGCUCUCUCUUUUGCUAUUUUGCCCCCCAGUAAGGUUAUUCGUGAGGAUGGGACUCGGUGUACUCAUAUUCAGUACUCUAAUGUUUCGACUGAGGCAGUUGAGAUUGUUAAGUUGUUUCUGAAUUGGAAGAUGUUGCUUAUAGUGCCUGCAGCUUGGUCUAGUAAUUUUUUCUAUACGUAUCAGUUCAAUAAUGUGAACGCAACGCUGUUUAAUUUGAGGACUAGAGGGUUCAACAAUGUGUUCUAUUGGGGUGCACAGAUGUUGGGCUCGGUUGCGAUUGGGUACUUGAUGGAUUUUAGCUUUGAGAGUAGGAGGAAGAGGGGGAUUUUUGGGGUUUGUGUGGUUGCUCUACUUGGGACUGCUAUUUGGGGUGGUGGGCUUGCUAACCAGCGCAGGUACUCGAUCAAAGACCCGCUACCGCAGUUGGAUUUUAAGGACUCGGGUCGAGAUUUCGCUGGGCCAUUCGUCUUGUAUUUUAGUUAUGGGUUGCUGGAUGCCAUGUUCCAGAGCAUGGUUUAUUGGGUGAUUGGAGCUUUGGCGGAUGAUUCUGAAAUCCUUAGCAGGUAUGUUGGGUUUUAUAAGGGAGUGCAAAGUGCUGGGGCAGCAGCUGCUUGGCAAGUUGAUACGCAGAAAGUAUCCUACAUGUCCCAGCUGAUUGUGAAUUGGUCGCUUACUACAAUAAGUUAUCCAUUAUUGUUGAUUCUUGUAUUGUUGGCUGUGAAGGAUAACCACAAGGAUGAAGAGGGAACUGCCAAGGAGGCUGACCCUACUUCAGCCGGCACUGUCCAUACAUGACACAAUACUGAUGUGGAGGGAUUGAAUGUUUUUCUCCCAUUGAGUUCUUGUGUUCUGCAUUAUGGCAUCUAAAUGUUUUCAAGUUGAAAUUUGCAUCUGCUGUGUAAAUUAUUAUUGUUACUGUCCUUAAUGGAAGUUCAUGUCUUGAGCAGAA